AUGUCCUUCUUUCUGAAACGUGGUGGUCCCAAAAAACGGGGGAGAGGCCCGAAGAAAGCCGUUGACAAGGUGAAAAAGCCGAAAUUUGACGAAGAGAUCUCGUCAGAUGAGGAUGAGGUAGAGAGGCAUCCUCUUGCUGAUGUUAGCGAUGAGGACGACUUUGAGGAUGCUCAUGCCAAAGCCUACAGAGAAUCCAAAAAUUUUCUGGAGAAAUUGAAGGUAUGGUUUUUAAUUUUUGUUUGUUCUUGGUAUUUAGGAGUAAAACGUGAAGGAGACUGUAAUAGAAGCAAGGAAGUUGCUUAAUUUUCUUUUUAAUAGUGGUUAUUAACUGGUUAGAGCGGGCUAUCGGUGUUUUUGGCAUCAAUUUUAUUACACAAUGUCCAACAGACGAUUUUUCGUUCUUUCACCGAGUUCUUUUUAUUUUUGGCUGGCAGAGAAGGAUGUGAAGCGUCAAGAGCGUUCUUGUUUUUUAUGUUUACGGCCUUUAUCGCUCACUUCUUCAGGAAGACAACAAACCUCGAAAGCCUGAAGUCCAAGAUUCGGAUGAAGAAGAAGAUGCCGAUUAUGAUGCAAUAUCUCAUAGAUUGAAGCAGGAUGCCUUGGAAAAGACUGUCAAAUUCCAUAGACGGGUGGCUGACACAGUUGUUGUCGACGAAGAGAAGACGAUUGUCUAUCGGCCACAUCGAUUUUCACCGGUUUCUGUGGCCAUCUCCAAUAAUGGGCGGUAUAUUGUUAGUUGCUCAAAAGAUGGAAGUAUUGUUAAAUGUUAGUUAGUUUUUUGAUUAUUUUUUUUGGGUCCUCAUCGGUCACUUAUCUCUCAUCCAUGACCUUUCAGAUGAUCAGAAGACGAAAAAGAUUGUUGGAAAACUAGCGCCACAAAAGAAAAAUCCUGACAAGACAUUACACAAAGGCCAAAUCAAAUGUGUAGCUAUAUCAGGAGACGAUCGAUACAUUGCUUCGGGUGGAGAUGACACUUUAAUUAGAGUAUAUCAGCUGUCCAAUUUGAAGCAUGUCAAAAAUCUAAGGGGUCAUAGAGGGCCAAUAACGUCAUUGGCGUUUAGAACAGGGACAAAUGAGCUUUAUUCAGCGAGUACAGACAAGGCCAUUAGGGUAAGUCGGAAUUUUUAUAUUGCACUUGACAUCAUAUGCGGAAAUUUCAAUUUUUGAAGUUGUUCUAAUGUUUUUCUUGAUAAAAGUUAUGAAUUAAGUUCUUUUUAGUCAUGGAAUCUGGAGCAGAUGGGUUUUGUCGAAGUUUUAUAUGGACAUUCAGACCCCAUUACACAAAUUGACAUGCUAAACAAACCUAAGUUGGUGUCAGCUGGAGGAACUGCACGGACAAUUCAUCUUUUCAAGAUUGAACACAGUAGUCAGCUUGUAUUCAAUGGAAUGGUCGAUGCGGUCAGCGUGGAUUGUGUUGCCAUGAUAAAUGAAGAUCAUUAUGUCUCAGGCCAGAUGAAUGGGUAAGAUAAUUUAUCUUUUGUUAUUUGGCCUUUAGGUCGAUAUAUGUGUGGUCGGUGUUCAAGAAAAAGCCCGUCUGCUUGGUCCGUGAUGCUCAUGGAACGGAUGAAAAAACUGGCGAGACACGAUGGAUAACUUCGAUUGCCGCUCGACCUUACAGUGAUCUUGUUGUUUCGGGCUCGUCAGAUGGUGUGCUCAAAUUAUGGAAGGUCGGUGAGGACUAUAAGACCUUGACGCUGGUGGAUACAUUCGAAAUUGUAAGUGGAGAAGUGGUAAGCUCUUGAUUUUGAGAUUAGAUGAGAAAGAUGUGGCAAAAUUCUACUCACAACAUGGUGGAAUAGAUAGGAAUGGGCUGAUAUAGAAGGAUUACGGUAGAUAAAGUGUUUUAGAAAGCACUUUGAAGAAAAAUUUUUUUUCAUGAAUAAUAUAAAAGAGAAUUAAGUUUGCUGUUUUCCAUUAUUUUUUUGCAAUUUUAUUCAUUCCAAAAACCCAUAAACCCUUUGAAACGUCUGUACAAACAAUAACAGAGCCAUAAAAUCGGAUUCCAUGACGUAUUUGACAAAAGGCAGAGGUCUAAUGGAUAUCCGAAAAAAAUUGAGAAAUCAAGUCGAAAUGGAGGUUAAUUAGGCAUGAUAGCGCGGAUUGUUGGUUUUUUGAGAAGUUCCUGUUGCUUUUUUGCGGCUGCAAGAACAAGCGUGAGAAAUGGAUAAUCGGAAGUGGUCAGGAAUCUUGCUGCGUAAUAAGCUGAUGAUUUUGAUGUCUUCUGGAUCCCUCUGAAUGUCUUCUGACUUGAUUGACUUGCGUCUUUGGCUUGAACGGAGAGAUAUUUUUUGUGGAAUAUUAUACUAGGGAUGAGAUAAUGAAGGAAACGAUGAUUUUUUUGAUGAAAAAUCAGUUUGAAUUCUGAUAUCUUGAGUCGUUGAGGUCUGAUUUGUCAUGAUAGGAGUGUCCUCUUACUUCCUCGAUCGUCGUUUUGCUUCACAGAAUUCAAGGAUGAAACCAAGUUUUUACUCUGACUUUCCCUCACUUUUUCUCGCCCUCUUGAAUCGCCCAGCGUUGUCUUCGCCCUCGCUCCGUUUAAUUUCUUUUGUGCGUCUCGAAAUGAAAGGAAUCCGACUUUUUCCCUUUUCCCGGAGGGCACAAGGUGCGAAAAAAUGGGAACGAAUCGAGAUUAGAAUCGCUCAAGUACUCGUUACGUUGGGAAGUAAGAGAUCCCUCACGGCAAUUUCGUUGCGUGGUGGAUUUCCGCUCUCCGCAGCGGAGAAAAUAGCGGGUUCGAAGAAAUAAUUACAGUCUUGAGGUUGUAAAGGAAGUGAGCGGAAAUUUGUAAUGAUUCCGUUGUGGAAAGAGAUGUUCGAUUUGACUGGUGUUCGUAAAGUAGGAUGUCUCGUUCUGUGUACGUUUAGACCGAGGGAUAAACGGUGAAAUCGGUGCUCAUUUGGCUUUGAGAAGAGUGAUUGUCAUAUCUCUUUCCAACGUUCCGUGUUGAAUUGAAAUAGCACGAGACGUUGGAAAGAGGUAUGACAAUCGUAUCGUUAUUGCAAUUCUUAGAAUCAAGUUCAACUCUCUUGUUGUAGAAGAGAGUUGACUUUGAUUCUAAGAAUUGCGAUAAUGGUUGCAUGAAUAGCAGUUUCUCGAACAACCGCUGGGGUUAAUCUUCUGUACGGUUUUAGUCGAUAAAAAGGUCAAGAAAGAAGUCAGAAUGGGCUCGGGUUUGAUAUGAAAGUCAGUCAUUCAUAUCAACUUCGAGCUCAUUCUGACUUCUUUCUUGGCCUUUUUACCAACGACACCCUGAUUUUGAGCCUCUUUUUUUCAUUCAUGGCGCUUGGACUAAUUUUUUUUUGUCGAAUCCCUGUUGUCGUUUGCAUUCCCGAUUGUCAUUCAAAUUCUGCAGCUCUCUUCCUCGAAAUCUCGAGUUUUCGCGGUAUUAUUCCUGUUUCUCCGAAAUUACAAGCUACAAAAGACUCCCUCUUUUGCAUUCCGUUUUGCCAUUCAGUUUUGUGCUGCUGAAUGCUCUUGAUUAUUCAUAAAAGGAACAGGAAAAUUUUUACUUUUCCGUAGGUUUCUGAGUUUGAAUAAGACUCGACCCGAAAACGUAAACAUCCCUGUAUGCGUUACGCAAUCCCGGUUUCAAACCCGAUUUCUCACUCCACUUCCAGAUCUUGAAUGCGAUGAAAUGUUUUGUUUUCUGGAUGGAUGUUUUUUCCGCAAAAUUUUUAUUUUGCUGCAAAAACUGGAAAUGAUAACAAAGAUUUUUUGUACAUUUUGGAAGUCCAUUAGCGUAAUUUGAUGUCUCAACGGAUGCGAAAAGGCUCUUGGGAUGGUUGAAAUGCCGAUUUUGUUCUUUAUACGUGAUAUCUUGGAUGAAUUAGAGGGUUUUUUGGAAUCGAAAAGGAGUUUGUUCGAAAUGGGCAGAUUUUUUUGUCCUUUGAUGACAUUAUGAAGCGGAAAGCGGAACAUGUCUUCCUUAUUUUGUUCGUCUUGUCCAUCACCACACAUGUGGAUCAUUUAUUCGCCCAUUGAAUGAAGGUGUCAUCUAAAUUUCGUUCGUAUUACUAAUAUCAAAUCGGCUUAAGGAUAGACUUAUCAUCACUAUACUAACAGUAUACGUAGAUUUUUUGCUCGUUGAAUGAUAGACACCACUAGUUUUGAUAACGAAAUCUUAAUUUUCCCCAUUAGUUCCUCUAAAUUUUCCCUUAACCCUGCGUAGUAUGCCAUAAAAUUGCGAAACAAUACCUUAUAAUAGCGCCCGAGGUUUUUAGUGUAUAUAAUAGCCCUUAAGCCGCUCAAAGACGCCCCCAUCGGCGAUUUAGUCGUGUGUUUUUUGCACGAGCGGAAUAAGUCUGAAGCAAGUUUGUUUUAUUUGCUUUUUGAGGCCCCAGAAAUCGAAGGCGAUCGAGCGCAAAAAACCCGAAGGAAACAUCAUGUAGAAGAUGUACAGCAGAACCGUCGCGCAAUAUAUUUAACUCACCCGUUUUUUUCUACCCAAUUUUUUUGCGGUUUUUGAUGCCUGCGAGUAGUUCUUGUCGUAAAAUUAAUGUAGUUGCGUAAUUCGAUCCGAGAUCCCAAUUAACAUUUGCAAGGGGAAUGAGCUUUCACUGGAAGAGAGACGCUUUUCCCCCAACUUCGAGGAGAAAUUAGAGCCUGGUUGAGAGAAUUGGAAGUAGUUUUUUUCUGGUCGUAAAAUGCUAUAUGAUGUUUUGGAUUAAGCGGAUGGUUGGACCCUGAAACUCCGACUUUUUGUUCUAGAAUACUAAUCGCGCUCAAAAGUCCUGACAAUUUUCGCACCGUGCGAAACUUUGGGUUUUGGACGUCGCCCCUGCAAAUUCGGGUUCGUCGCGCGCAAAAGUGCAUGUCGCUAGUGAAAAAAGGGAAAUUGCGGCGACAAAUGCGAAAUGAAAGAAGAAUGCACGGUGCGAAAAUUGUCAAGACUUUUGAGCGCGAUUAGUAUGAUACCGCAUUGUUUCCCAACUGAUUACUCCAUUUAUCUUGCUUCUGUAGUGUACGGGUUUAUUCGCGCGGUAAAUAAAAUAAAUAUCAUGUUCUCUUGUGUAUUCAUCGUCAUUGGCGUUGGAGUCUUAUCUUCCGCCCUUUUACAAUCUUUAUAUUGCGAAAUUGAGAUUCAUAAAUUAUUUGAGUCUUGAAGAAUGAGUAACAAUCUGUCUUACAAAGCGGUUUUGAGGAAGAAAUGUCCGGAAUUCUUGAUUAGAAUGCAUAAUGAGGGCUUUCUCACAUGGAAGCGCUCAUUAUGCCUUGUGAAAACGACAAAGUUAGCCGUUUUCAACAGUUUUCCAUGAAACUCUUUACUGCUUUGACGGAGCAGGUCUAAAACCUCUCUCGUUCUGUGGUUUAUGAGGUUUUGAACUAUGAGUAGGCAAUAUUCAAUGAUUUUAUGGAACGCCUCAUUGAUCAUGAAAUUCCAAAGUCUGUCGCUGAAAGAACGCCUGGUCUUUUGUGUGUUUUGACUCCAGGGAUAGUAAAUGCAAAGAGGUCAGUCUUUGAAUAGUAUUCAAUAACAUGAGAAGGUCAUAUUCUCCAUUUUCCGAUCCCUCUGACCCUCACGCCAUUCGCGCGAAAUUGUCGUAUUUUUCGCGAGAGCCCUUAUUCCAGACCUCAAUUUAUUCUUCGUUUUGUCCUCCACUGAUUGACAUUUGCUCGAGAAUUCCUCAAAAUUGCUGCCUCAAGGGAAAAGGGCGUGCUUUUUAUGUUUUUCUCCUCGAAUCAAACCGAUUUGUUAUUUGCUUUUUUGAGUUUUAUCAUAAAAAAUUUUGGCCUCUCCUUAUGAUCGACUUGAGAGAAGUUGGUGAUUAAGAAGCUUUAUUUGUAUUAUCCAUGAGAUAUCUAGUGUCUUGAAGGCAAAAUUGAUUGAUAUUGCUCUAAGUCUUGACCGGAUUACGCGUUGAAAAGCCUUUCGUCAAUUCCUCACCUGCCAGCGGGUGGUUUAAUCGGGUUAACAGGUGCUAUUUACGGAGUCUCACUUGAUGAAGGCAGUUUUAACUUAUUUUGACUUGGUAGUUGACAAGUCAAAAUAAGGUAAAACUUCUUUGAUAUGCCUUGUGUGAUUUUGAUUUUUUCUUAAAGAUCAUGGCGUUUCCGAUAGUUUCGAAGGCUCUUGUUGACUUCGGCUUAUCAAUAGGGCAAUGGAGGCAAGGGGAACGCAGACUCGCCUAUUUCCGUUUUUGUUUCUCAUCGGAAAUUUGAAUUUCAUAAUCGAUCAAUGACCUGAAAGGGCUUUGAUUGUAAAUCAGAAAUUUUGGGGCUUAUAUCAGCUGUAUAGAUGUUUUUUUUUCAUCAAAAAUAGCUAACCUUUGACCAAAAAGUAUGGGUUUUAUAUUGUAAUAGGUAUUUUUGGUUUACCUUUUGGUUUUGCACAGUUAUGAAUGAAGUAAAAUACACGUCGGAUGAUAAUACCCUCUUAAAAUCGUCUAUUGAACUUUAUGUUUACCGAAAAUAUUUGUGGUUUCACGUCUAUCGCGCUCUUCUUCCUGAAUUACUGGUGAAAACGUUUUUCGACUGUUUUUUGUUCGAGGAAUUUGAAAAAUUGAAGUGUGUUGUAAAAAAUAGAGGGAGAGUGUUCCGAAAUCGACUUUGAUAUAGAUUGAUAAUAAUAGAAAACGCUUGAUUAACGAGAAAUUUAGAGGUUUUUGGGGGUGUCGAGAUCUAAAAUAAAGUAAAAAAUUUGGUUUUUAGUGGGUGAAAGUGGUAAAAUAGGACUUGUUGUUGGUUGGUUUUAAUCAAGAAGGUGUUUUUAUUUUGAUAAAAUAUGUAUUUGAAAGAAGUUGGGAUAAAAUUUGGGCAAAGAAAUUUUUAUGAGUAAUACAGUAACGGACCUCAUCCAGUGGCAAAAAAACGUACCAUUUUGCAUCCGGGGAGUACCAAAGAAUGUAGCAAAAUAACUCCCUCUCCAACUAAAAAACUCCUUUUUGAAGAGAGCGCCCUUUCCUCACAGUGCGCUUUUGAAAUUGGAGUCUUUUUUACUUGGAGAGGGAGAUAUUUUGCUACAUUUUUUGAUACUUCCCGGGUGCAAAAUGGUACGUUUUCGGCCAUUGGAUCAGGUCUGCCACUGUAUUACCCAUGAAAGUUUUUCCCUCCCAGCUUCUUUCAAAUACAUAUUUUAUUAAAAUAAAAACACCUUGAUUAAUACCGAUCAACAACAAGUCGUAUUUUACUAUAUAAAAAGUUGAAAAAAAUGAAAUUUUAAGUGUAGUGUAGGAAACCAUUUCCUCCCAAUAUCCUCGAAUUUUAAGGCCGGUUUCGUCAACUCGAUCAAAUUCAGCGAGGACGGCCGAACCUUGGCCAUUGCCGUCGGCCAAGAACACAAAAACGGAAGAUGGUUCAAAGUCCCGGAGGCCAAGAAUAGCAUCGUCCUCCUUCGAUUACAAUACGAAGCCGAUGGGCCGGACGCCAAAAUGGCUUUUGAAUCGGGAGAUGAAGUGGGCGCAAGUUCGGAUGAGGAAAGCGAAGAAGAAGACGAAAAAUUGCCUAAAGCAAGAAGAAAUAGUAAUGGAAAGGCUGAAGAAAAUGGUGUUGAAGAGGACUCGGGAGCCGAGGUGGACGUGGAAAGUGAAGAAGAGCUAAUUGAAGAGGAAGAUUCUGAUGAAAACUAA